AUGGGCGGAGGAAGUAUAUUUCAAGAACCAGUCAGGAUUAGCCGUAGGAGACAAGUAAGGAGAGAGAAGGAAGAAGAUGAAGUCGAUGAAAAUUUCAAGUCUCCAAAUCUUGAAGCAGAGAGACGUAGAAGAGAGAAGCUACAUGGUCGACUUAUGGCUCUGCGAUCUCAUGUCCCAAUUGUCACCAACAUGACUAAAGCGAGUAUUGUUGAAGAUGCGAUUACUUACAUAGGAGAGCUUCAGAAGAACGUUGAGAAUCUUUCAGAGAGGCUUCAUGAAAUGGAAGAAGCUCCUUGUGAGAUUGCUGAAGAAGAAACGGAUCAGAUUAUCAAAUCUGAACAUGAAACUUUAGAUGUAAAAGAAGAGAUGAAGAAACUUGGAAUCGAGGAGAAAGUGCAAUUGUGUAAGAUUGGUGAGAGGAAGUUUUGGUUAAAGAUCACAACAGAGAAGAAAGCUGGAAUUUUUACUAAGUUUAUGGAGGUUAUGAGGUUCCUAGGAUUCGAGAUUAUCGACAUUAGUUUAACUACUUCAAGUGGAGCAAUUCUUAUUUGUUCCUCUGUUCAGAUACUUCAAGGACUCUGUGAUGGUGAUUCUGUUGAUCUUGAACAGACAAAGGAAUUUCUGUUGGAAGUCAUGAGAAGCAACCCAUGA